GCCCUGCCCUGGGGUGACGUCAGGGGGAGCGCUGCCGGAGAGGGUUGCCAAGUACAGAUUUGUGAGAGAGAUCCGAGUCGGAGAGACAUACGGACGCACGGACGCGGUUGCUGGACCUUUGCUGACAGUUCAAUCGCAGUAUUGUUUCUGACCGUAACAACAAGAAGAUGCCACUGGGCGAAGAUUGCCAUGCCUGGAAAAAGAAGACCUCCGAUGUGAAGGAGAAGUAUGACUUCAAAGAGAUCCUGGGAACGGGAGCUUUCUCUGAGGUGGUCCUGGCUGAGGAGAAGAGGACCCAGAAAUUGGUGGCUAUUAAAUGUAUCCCCAAGAAGGCGUUAGAAGGCAAGGAGAACAGCAUAGAGAAUGAGAUAGCAGUCCUGCACAAGAUUAAACAUACCAACAUUGUGUCUCUGGAGGAGAUAUUUGAGAGUAAAUCACACCUCUACCUUGUCAUGCAACUCGUCUCCGGUGGAGAGCUGUUUGACCGGAUCAUAGAAAAGGGCUUCUACACAGAGAAAGAUGCCAGUAAACUCAUCCAACAGAUUCUGGAUGCUGUCAGAUACCUCCAUGACAUGGGAAUUGUGCACCGUGACCUCAAGCCGGAGAACCUCCUGUACUACAGCAUGGAUGAAGACUCCAAAAUCAUGAUCAGUGACUUUGGUUUGUCUAAAAUCGAGGGCUCGGGCAGUGUAAUGUCCACAGCCUGUGGGACACCUGGAUAUGUUGCUCCUGAGGUGCUGGCUCAGAAACCCUACAGUAAAGCAGUGGACUGCUGGUCUAUUGGUGUCAUCGCCUACAUUCUAUUGUGUGGAUAUCCUCCGUUCUACGAUGAGAAUGACGCCAAACUGUUUGAGCAGAUCCUGAAGGCUGAAUAUGAGUUUGAUUCUCCUUACUGGGAUGAUAUCUCUGAUUCAGCUAAAGACUUCAUAGUCCACCUGAUGGAGAAAGACCCAAACGUGCGUUAUACCUGUGAACAGGCUUUGCAGCAUCCCUGGAUUGCUGGAGAUACUGCCCUGGAUAAGAAUAUCCAUGAGUCGGUCAGUGCUCAGAUCAAGAAGAAUUUUGCCAAAAGCAAGUGGAAGCAAGCGUUCAAUGCCACAGCAGUGGUUCGUCACAUGAGGCGUCUCCAGCUAGGCACAAGUCAUGAGGGACCCAAUCCAAACACUCUACCCAGUCCAUGCCGGGCCCAUCUGCUCUUGCCGGAGGAUCACCUGCAGCAUGCAGAGGCUCAUUGUGAGGGAGGCUGCUCCCAGAACGUCGAUAACAACGCAGGCGCUCUGUCCAACUGCACAUAACAUUGCCACCCAUUCGGCAGGGUGUGAUCUCUGCACCUGCUUCACUUACCUGUCUAAUCAAUCCCAGUGACUUUCCAGUUUUAACCUUUUGGUGGAACCAGUGGCACCACCUCCCCCCUUAUCUGGUGAGGAAUACAGCGUCAUUCCAACCUCUCGUCUGCAGGGGGAGCAAGUCUGUGCACCAUGACAAGGAAGAAAUUAAACGGGUUGAUAGACAGAGAACUGAUGAUAAUGAUGCACCAGAGUGGAUCGCUUUUACAGACUGCUCUUGUAGUUGUGGAUGGGUUAAAAUAGGGAAGACAUACAAAGGAAGAAGGGCAAGCAAAGACUUGUCCACCAGCAUGUCAGGGUUAUUGUUUCUAACUGAAGCAGGACAGAACUUGUUGGACACUGUUUUUAUUCAUGGAUUUUGAUUCAACCUGUCUCUUUGUUUGUUUUAUUGUUUAUUGUUUUAUAUAUUUUUGUGUUGUCAUUUUAACUUCCUGCUGUUAGAAUAAUAUCUGCAUGAUCAGGAGAAAAUUUCCCCAUGCAUGUUUUGUUAUCUUUAAAAUAUACCCUGUUGCACAAACGCAACUUCACAGUACAAUGCAGAUGAUGAAAUGUCAUGAGCAAAAUUUAUUAAAGCAAAAAUGCAUAGAGCAUUUUAAUAUAUUGUAGUAUUUGGGAUGAAAUUAAGUCUUAUAAAUGAGCACACACAGAUCUGCAUUCUGUGUCUUUAAUUUGAGCUUUUAGACAAUCAGUGAUAGAUUAGUUUAUGCAAUGAAAACUCCAUCUGAAACCUCCAUCUUUUCUGGUGAUAUAACCUAGCCUUUAUUCUGGUGAUAUAGUGGUUCCAUUCAGUGGUUAAGCUUUUUGGAAGGAAAAGGUCCCCCCUUAGCUUUUUUCAAGUCCAAACCUCUUUAACCACUUCAGCACAGGGAUAUAUCUUCUUGUCUAAGGUGCCUUUAGGAUAAACAGUGUGAUGGGUUUAUUUUUGGGGAUCUUCUGAAAAUCGUUCCUUUCUGCAUAAUUCCUACAGUACUGACUCUUUCUGAAGCUUCAUAUUUUUUGCUUGUAAUACAUUUCCUGCUUUAAAAGGCAGUUUUAAGCUUUUUGUCUCAUUCUAUACUUUCAGAAUGGAGACUUGUGCACAUGGCUUACACUGUAACACCCUUUAUAUUUUUAAUUUAUAGUUAUGUUGCUUUAAACAGAGAUAUUACAGUAUGAAAAACACAAGAAAUCUACAGUAAUGAUAUAAAAUCCCCUCUGAAAAAGAUAUCAUUUCUUAGAGAUAUUUUUGCCAGCUUCCUCAGUGAAACUUACUAGUGUUUUUAUAUAUUGUGAUACAGAACCUGCAUUAUAUUUUGUGCAAAAAAAUUAUCAAGCAUCAAAAUAUAGCUUCACCUUCCUUCAGACCAGAUUGACUAAGUCAGACUUAGUAGUUUGCGUGGAUGCAAAAAACAGGUACCAAAAUUUGAUAUGCAUCUGUCAUCAUGUACUGUUGUCAUUUCUAUGACUUUUACAUUUUUACAGGUAUUUUUCUCCACAAGCAGCCUGUUUAGAAAGAACCCGAGUUGAAUAUGCACCAGACUGAGUCAUGUUAUCAUUACUGAACAUUCAUCUGUGCUUUCAUGUGUGUGUCGACAUCCUUUUUGGCUUUUUUCAUUCGCUUCAUUUAAAAAAUGAUGAAAACAGCAGUGUUGUCCCUUUUUUACAGUAUCCUAUGAUGUACAUUGUUAGCGCUGACAGCUGGUUAUCCUUGUGUAUCAGACGUAGAGGAGUGUUGUCUGGAUGUACUGUACAGUCAGGAUGUGACAGUUUAAGUUUAGCUCUUCCAUCGACAUGUACUCCAUGCCUCUUCUGAUCACUGGCCUUUAAAAAAAGCUUUCCCUACUUUUACUGCUACAUCACUAAAAACAGUUAGAACAGAUGUGAUCUGUACUUACUUUAUGUUUGCAUGACGUGGCUUAAAAAUUGUGAAUCCCAUGAUUGUCAAAAAUAGUGUCCACACUGAUUGCGUAACUGCCAUAACGUGAAGAAAAGGGGAUUUUUUAAAACUUUAAAUAGUUAGAAAUCUCCUUCCAAAGUGUGCCAUGCAGAACAGCAAAGAGUGAUUAAAUCUGUAUGGACAUUUCUACAGGUUAAACCAAGUUCAGUGUGCUGCUUCAAAGUAUUUCUUAGCUUUAUUCUGCAUUUCUAUUGGGUAAGCGCUGUAGUGUAUUUGGACAGUAAUGUAACUGUUGACUCCAAACUGUAAGGCAUAGUUUAAAGUUAUAUUUCAGGGAUUUUUAGUGUGAAGUGUUUGAACCUCAUGAAUUAGUGUGACAGAGGAACACCAAAAAGAGCAUGGGAAGGCUAACACAUGGAAGCAGUUGUCAUCCACUAUAUUAUUAAUAAAAACAUAUUGAUCAUAUUUUACAAACUCUCCUGAUAAAAGAGACAAAUCUGCUAAUCUAAAAUAUGGCUCAAAUAAGUUUUACAUACUCCUCCCCUUCUGUUGGCUUAGUGCACCCUGUCCCAGAAGUUCUCAAAAUGUUUCCCACAAUCCCUAAAAAAAAAAAAGGAUUUAGUAUGAAUUUUAUUUGUUUUGUUCCUUGUUUACACAAAGACCGUGGAAACUAGAAAAAUAGAAAAUUUUUACAUUCCAGUGCAAUGACACAAGUGGUGAUGAAAUACAUAACCAAGUAGUAUCCCAUUACUUCACCACUCACUCACCUUGGUAGGAAAAUAGCAGCAGUGACCUUAGAAGCACAGUUAGGUGAAAUAAUUAAGGUUAAAUUAUGACGCGAAAGUUGUCUGAUGGUGCUUAACAGCAAAGGGAACGAGGUUAUUAGUGUAAUAUUUUGUCUUUUGGUUGUGUUUGAAUCUUUGAUCAUUCACCAACCACUCUUCAAGUCAGUGUGUGGUAAGAUUUACUGUACAAAUGAAUAUUUGUACCAUUAAUAUGUUGCCUUUUUAUAAAUGAUGUUUUGGGCUAUUCUACUUCUUUUGGUAUACUCAGAUGCAAUGCAUCAUGGAUUGUUGAAAAGUGACUACUGCUCAGUGUGAAAGCCAGUGACUGUAAGUGAAACAUACAUUAAAAUCCCUGUCUAUGCAUUA